AUGAGAAAAAUUGUGUUAGUGCUGUUUUUUGUGAUAUGUGCUUAUGCACAGGACAGUUUUGAAAAUACUGGUGUUAAAUUAGCGCUGAAAAUAUACGAUGAUUGUUCGAAAGGCGAUGGAUUAUCACCAUGUUUAAAGAAAAAAGCUAUCACUUUUCUCGACCGACUGAGUCGUAUGGAUAAAUUUUCAUUAGUUGAUGGUGUUACUGUGCAAAAAGCUACUGACGCCCCUGUUGAAGCACCAGCCCUUACCGAGCAGCAACUGGAUGAAACUUUACCUAGAUCAUCUGACGCCAAAGAUGAUGCUCUCACCACUAUGCUGUUUGAAAAAGUUGGCAAUUUCAUUGGAUCUAGGUCAAUUGAAAUAGCUCUUCCCAAGAUUCAAACAUCAGACUUAAUUGAAGAAGGCCGCAAAGGCAGUUUUGGCGGCGGUGGUGGAAACAAAGGAGGCAAGGGAGGCAAAGGUGGCAAAGGAGGCAAGAAAGGAAUGAUGGGCAUGAUGAUGAUGGGAAUUGGUGUAAAAUUAGCAGCUAUGAUUCCCUUAGCAAUCGCUGGUCUCUUCCUAUUGGCAAAGAAGGCUCUGAUCAUUUCUAAGAUCGCACUCCUGAUCUCUGGUAUUAUCGCAGUUAAGAAAUUCCUCGCACAAAAACAGUCAGGUGGUAGCAGCGGAUGGCAAUCGGGAGGAAGCAGUGGCGGAUGGCAAUCCAGUGGUGGCCAUGGAGGCGGUGGUGGCUGGCAAGCAAGCGGCGGUGGAUGGGACAAAAGGUCUUAUGAAGCGGCGUCAGAUCUUGCAUACAGCGCUUACAACCCAAAAUAG